CAUCUCCCUCUCUUCCUCUUCAACUUCUUCAUACACACAUAGUACAUUCCCAGAGGACUCUCUAAUAGCCUCAAUUGUUCUCACGUAUUGCUUGGAUCAACUCAUACUUUUUACUACCUUCAAACGCAGAUAUGGCAAACUCUCCCCAUGGUGGUGUCCUCAAAGAUCUUCUCGCAAGAGAUUUGUCAAGACACAAUGAACUUGCAACAGAGGCCGAAACCCUUCCCGCUGUUGUUCUCACUGAGAGACAACUUUGCGAUCUCGAAUUGAUUUUGAGUGGUGGUUUCUCUCCCCUUGAAGGUUUUAUGACCGAGAAGGAUUACAACGGUGUCGUUGAGAACAAUCGAUUGGCAGAUGGCAACGUCUUCAGUAUGCCAAUUACACUCGAUGUAUCCCAAGAACAAAUCGAGGAGUUAGGAAUUAAAGCAGGAGCAAGAGUUACUCUUCGCGAUUUCCGUGACGACAGAAACCUUGCAAUUAUCAACGUCGAGGAUGUUUACAGACCCAACAAGGAGAAGGAAGCUAAGGAGGUUUUCGGUGGUGAUGCCGAUCACCCUGCAGUUAAAUAUUUAUACAACACUGCAGCUGAAUUUUACGUUGGAGGAAAGAUUGACGCCAUCAACCGUUUAGAACAUUACGAUUACGUCGCUUUAAGAUAUACCCCCGCAGAAAUGAGACUUCACUUCGACAAGCUCGGCUGGUCCAAGGUUGUCGCAUUCCAAACCAGAAACCCUAUGCACAGAGCUCACAGAGAGUUGACUGUUCGUGCCGCUAGAGCCCGUCAAGCCAACGUUCUUAUCCACCCAGUCGUUGGUCUUACCAAGCCAGGUGACAUUGACCAUUUCACCCGUGUCCGUGUUUACCAGGCACUCCUUCCUAGAUACCCUAACGGAAUGGCCGUUCUUGGUCUUCUUCCUCUCGCUAUGCGUAUGGGUGGACCUCGUGAGGCUGUUUGGCACGCCAUUAUCAGAAAGAACUAUGGUGCUACACACUUCAUCGUCGGACGUGAUCACGCCGGACCAGGAAAGAACAGCAAGGGAGAGGAAUUCUAUGGUCCAUAUGAUGCUCAAUACGCGGUUGAGAAGUUCAAGGACGAGCUCGGAAUUGAGGUCGUUCCUUUCCAAAUGAUGACUUACCUCCCAGAUAGCGACGAAUAUAGACCAAAGGACGAGGUCCCACAAGGUACCCGUACUCUCGACAUCUCCGGAACUGAGCUCCGUUCUAGACUUCGCUCUGGCCGUGAGAUUCCAGAAUGGUUCUCCUACCCAGAAGUUGUCCGUGUUCUUAGAGAAUCUCACCCACCUCGUUCUGCUCAAGGUUUCACUGUAUUCCUUACUGGUUACCACAGCUCUGGUAAAGACGCAAUCGCACGUGCUUUGCAAACUACCCUCAACCAACAAGGUGGACGUUCUGUCUCACUUUUAUUAGGCGAGACUGUUCGCGCCGAGCUCUCCUCCGAGCUUGGUUUCAGCCGUGCUGACCGAACCCGCAACAUUGGCCGUAUUGCAUUCGUUGCUUCCGAGUUGACCCGUUCCGGUGCUGCCGUCAUUGCUGCACCAAUUGCACCAUAUGAAGAUGCUCGUAAGCACGCUCGUGAAAUGGUUGAGAAGUAUGGUGACUUCUAUCUCGUUCACGUUGCUACCAGCCUUGAGCACUCUGAGAAGAUCGACAAGAAGGGUGUCUACGCCAAGGCUCGUAACGGUGAAAUCAAGGGUUUCACUGGUGUUGAUGAUCCUUAUGAGGUUCCCUCCAAGGCCGACUUCACCGUUGAUAUCGAGAAGACUAGUGUCAGAAAUGCUGUUCACUCAAUUAUCUUGAUGUUGGAGAGCGCGGGUUUGUUGGACCGUCUAUAG